UCUUAUCACUCUUUUCCGUCUUGAAAAGCACAGCUGUCUGUAAAUAUUACUAAAGCAGCUUAUAUAUUCAGUUUAUUCAAGAUGCGCCCGCUGGUUGUAAUGAUACUAUUAAUAACUGCUUGGAAAAGUAGCUCAUCCGCUCCAACACCCCGUUCCUAUGAAAAGUAUUCAGUAUACAAGGUUUUCAUUGAAACUCGAUCGGAUCAACAGGUUAUCGAUCGACUGCUGGAAGAUCCAGACAAUUAUAACUUGUGGCAUCGUGGCUUAAAAGAAGUCCACCUAAUGGUGAGCCCUAUUGAAAAGGAUUCUUUCCUAGCUGUUAUGCGAAAGGAACAUAUUGUUGUGGAAGUAAUAAUAAAAAAUGUUCAGACACUUAUUGACGAGUCCAAAGGUGAAACCAUUUGAAAAUUAAAUUAUUACUAGUGGCGAAUCUAUUUUGUGUCCUAUUUAAGCUGAUUUUUAAAUAUUUUUCCGGUAUGUUUAACUUAAAAUCUUCCUAUUUCAGCAGUGAUUUAACGUUUACAAUAAAAUUUAUCAUACACACGAAUUAAGGAACCAGAAUUAAAGCUAAUCAAUGAUGCAGCCCAAUGGUACGAGUAUGCUUCACAUCUUAUGUGGUCUUGUGUAAGAUUUGUAAGAAUUCCAAAAACAUAUUAUGUAUAUCUUAGGGACCUACCAUUUCUUAAUCAAUUGGUGACAUGCCCAUGUGGUCAUAAAGAAUUUUAUUAAACUUGAA